UGAUUUUGAGAAACAAAUAUCAAAAAUGAAAAUAAACAAAAUUUACACGUCGCCUACUCGCCCAUAAAUAAUUCCAAUUUUUAUCGAAAUUUAAGAGUUUUUAAUUGAUUUAGUUCAAAAUCCGCAUAUUCUUUUACUAGAAUGGCUGAUGUAUCCGUGGACAUAUCAGGGCAGAUGGAAACCCCGUCCGAACUACCCAAAAAUCCUCUGUUUACCAGACUUCUUCAGCUGCCAACUGAAAUACCAGACCCUAAAGAAUGGAUUCAACAGCAAAGACAAAAUGUCAGACCAUGGCUGGUAUUUGUACAAACCUCCAAUUUUAAGGCGCCAGCCUCAAUACCGAGAUUGAGCAAGAGGAUAAUGAGGAACAUUGAAUAUUUUCAAGCUAAUUAUUUGUACGUUUUCUUAGGAUUGAUUAUAUAUUGCCUAAUCACUUCUCCUCUAAUCCUCCUAGCAAUAGCAUGUACCUUCUAUGCUGGAUAUAAAGUGAACCAAAGGCAUUUACAAAAAAAGUUUGUCUUGUUUGGCAGAGAACUAACAUUAGCUCAGCAGUAUGGAUUAGUAUCUUUGUGUUCUAUGCCAGUGUAUUAUUGGGUUGGGGCUCAUGGAGCUAUGUUUUGGGUCCUGGGUGCUUCCAUGGUUAUAAUAACUCUCCACGCAGCUUUUUACAAUAUUGAUGCUUUGGCCACUCGAGAUGACGAAUUUCCAUUACUAGAGGAAGUCUAAUAAGGACCCUCCAAAUCAUCUCAUUUCUGCCAAUAUGGCUUUUUGGAGUGAAUGUCUAAGUUAUUUCCACUGCAAGACCACCAUAUUGGGAAUCUGGUAUACAUUCACUGCAGUAACCACC